AUGGCUUAUGCCAGCCCAGGUUACAUUGGAGAGGCUGCGUCGUCCCGUCUCCCAUCCCUCGGAAACAACUGCACCGGCCAGCGAGAAAUGAUUGAGCUACGCGAGGACGAUAGACUGAAAUCUCUUUUGAAGGAUGGCAUAUUACGUUUUGGAGAGCUGUGCCAACUGAAAAAUACCCCCUGGUUUCCUGCUUUGCUCCUUGCCUGGUUUCUGCUUUUCUGCAAGAGGCAGCCAGGAAAGACCCCAGCGGACAUAAUCUUGUCAGGACCCAGCACAGCCAAGAGAGGCUCCAGCAGACAUAAUUUCUUCAGGGCUCUGCACAGGAAGCCAAUAUUGCUGCAGAGCCAUCAGCUCAUCACACAGAUCAAAUACAACCACGAGGGAGACCUUUUCACGGUGGCCAAGGACCCUAUUGUCAAUGUGUGGUAUUCUGUGAACGGUGAGAGGCUGGGCACCUACAUGGGUCACACGGGAGCUGUGUGGUGUGUGGAUGCUGACUGGGAUACCAAGCAUGUCCUCACUGGCUCUGCUAACAACAGCUGUCGCCUCUGGGACUGUGAAACAGGAAAUCAGCUCGCCCUACUCAAGACCAAUUCUGCUGUCCGAACCUGUGGCUUUGACUUUGGGGGCAAUAUCAUCACGUUCUGCACCAACAAGCAGAUGGGCUAUCAGUGUUUUGUGAGCUUCUUUGACCUGCGGGAACCAAGUCAGAUUGAUAGCAAUGAGUCCUACAUGAAGCUCCCUUGCAACCACUCCAAGAUCACUAGUGCUGCCUGGGGUCCCCUAGGAGAAUGCAUCAUUGCUGGGCACGAGAAUGGAGAGUUCAACGAGUAUAGUGCCAAGUCUGGUGUGGUAUUGGUGAAUGUUAAGGAGCACUCCCUGCAGAUUUAUGACAUCCAAUUAUCCAGGGACAUGACCAUGUUUGUCACUGCAUCUAAAGACAACACAGCGAAGCUUUUUGAUUCCACAACACUUGAUCAUCAGAAGACCUUCUGGACAGAACGUCCUGUCAACACAGCUGCCCUUUCUUCCAACUAUGGUCAUGUGGUACUGGGCAGGGGUCAGGAAGCCAUGGAUGUAACCACGACGUCCACCAGGAUUGGUAAAUCUGAAGCCAGGUUCUUCCACUUAGCCUUUGAAGAGUUUGGGAGAGUCAAAGGUCACUUUGGGCCCAUAAACAGUGUUGCCUUCCAUUCUGAUGGCAAGAGCUACAGCAUCGUUGGAGAAGAUGGCUAUGUUCCCAUCCACUACUUUGACCCACAGUAAUUUGAAUUUGAAUUUGAA